AUGUCUCCGGCGGCGGCGGCGGCGGCGGCUGGCGGAGGCGAGCGGCGGCGGCCCCCCUUGGCGAGCAGCCGGGACGGCCGGGGCCGGGGCUGCGGCGGCACGGCGGGAGCGGCGCUCGCCGGCCUGUGUCUGCUGGGCCUCGCGCUGUACCUGGUGCCGGCGCUGGCCGCGCUGGCCUGGCUGGCCGUGGGGUCGACCGCGGCCUGGUGGGGACUGAGCGGCGAGCCCCGCGCCCCGCGCGCCUGCCCGCCCGCCCGCCCCGCGCGGCGCCCGCGGGCCCCGCUCGCCCAGGCCACGGCCAACGGCAGCCUGCUGGAGCCGCGGAGCCUCCUCGAGGGCCCCGACCGCGCCGAGCUGCUGCUCAUGGGCAGCUACCUGGGCAAGCCGGGGCCCCCGCCGCCGCCCGCGCCCGCCGCCGCCGCCGAGGCCCGGGAGCUGCGGGAGCGGCCGGGCCGCCGCCCCCCGACGCGCCCCGCGCCGCCCGCGCCCCCGGCCGCCCGCGCCCCGCACCUCCUGCCCUCCCGGCCCUCGCCGCUCCGGCCCGCCCGCCGGCUCUCGCCCCGGGAGAGCGGGACUUUAUCAAAUCGAUUUGUAAUUACACCUCGAAGACACUAUCCAAUCCAGCAGGCCCAGUACUCCUUACUGGGGGUCCUGCCCACAGUGUGCUGGAAUGGUUAUCACAAGAAGACCGUGCUCUCCCCUCGGAAUUCCAAAAUGGUGUGCAGCCCCGUCACGGUGAGGAUUGCACCUCCUGACAGCAAGCUGGCCCGGUCCUCGCUACCAGAGCAGGUCAUCAGCUCGCCACUGUCCUCUCCGCCAAGUAAUACUCCAGACCCGUGUGCAAAGGAGACUGUACUGAAUGCUCUCAGAGAGAGGAAAAAAAGGACCGUGGAGGAGGAAGAUCAUAUAUUCACCGAGGGCCAGGAAAACAAAAGAAGGCGCCACGAUAGCAGCGGGAGUGGCCAUUCGGCCUUCGAGCCUCUGGUAGCCAAUGGAGUCCCCGCCGCAUUCGUGCCUAAGCCGGGGUCUCUGAAGCGCGGCCUCGUGGCACAGAGCGCGGAUGACCACCUGAACAAGCGCUCCCGCACGUCGUCGCUGAGCUCCCUGGCGAGCACCUGCACGGGCGGCAUCCCCAGCUCCAGCCGCAACGCCAUCACCAGCUCCUACAGCUCCACCCGCGGCCACGCGCAGUUAUGGAAGAGGACAGGGCCCAGCUCGUCACCCUUCUCCAGCCCGGCCUCGUCACGCUCCCAGACCCCAGAGAGGCCAGCCAAAAAGAUGAGAGAAGAGGAACUGACCCAGCCGUCUACUUCAACUCCGCUGGUCACAGACAAGGAGUCCCAGGGAGAAAAAGUUGCAGACCCGGCCUCUUCCAAGAAACAGAGCUCGUUCAGCUCCCCCACGACGCCCGGCGGCUCCGGGCAGCGGAAGCGGAAGAUCCAGCUGCUGCCCUCCAGACGAGGGGACCAGCUGACGUUGCCCCCGCCACCCCAGCUCGGUUACUCAGUCACUGCCGAGGACCUGGACCUGGAGAAGAAAGCUUCUCUGCAGUGGUUUAACAAGGUCUUGGAGGACCAGACGGACAUAGCCCCGGGCUCUGUCCCUGAAAACCCGCCCGCGCCCGUGCCCGUGCCCGCUUUCUCCCUGAAGCCACCCGCAGCUGAGGCUGCUCCCCCUGCGGCCCCACUACCAGAGCCCAGCGCCAGCGCAAACCCGAACCCGCUGCUGGAGAGCCUGAAGAAGAUGCAGGCUUCCCCGGGACCGCCCUCAUCCUCCUCAGGGGCUGCCACUGUGGCCACCUCGGAGGCCCCCUCGCCUCCGAAGACACUCAGUCUCCUGGCCCCGCUCGCUGUGCCCCCACCAGCACCCCUCCCAAGCACCUCUGAAGACUCCAAGCCCUCGGUCACUUUCUUGGGGCUGACCCCGACUUCCUCCACAAUCCCCAUCACUGAGACCACCAAGACCCCUGCGGCCUCUCCGGCCGAGACCACUGCCCCCUCCCCGGCCCCCAAGCCAAGCAUUCUCUUGGGGAUGCUGAGCACCCCGCCCUCCAAUCCUCCCGCUUCUGUCGCUCCUGGGGUGUCUCCGGCUCCCGUGUUCAAGCCCAUUUUUGAGACCCCCCCAAAAAGCGAAGUGGGAGGCCCCUUGCCCACAAGCCCAUCCAAGGCGGCCCCGACGGCUCCGGCGGCUCCUGCAGCUUCUUCCGGUUCUGCGCCCCCCACAACCACCGCCUCCUCGUCCCCCGCUUUCAAGCCCAUCUUCGACAGCUUGGGGCAGCCUCCAUCCGCGCCCUUGCUGACGCCCUUCUCCUUCGUGCCCACCCCCGCCGCCACCAGCGCCAGCGCCCCCACCAGCGCCAGCGUCCCCCUCUUCACAGGCCAGGCCAGUGCCGCCUCCUCGGCGGUGACUGUGGCCACAGCCAGCACCACGACGGCCACGGCCACAAAGCCUUUGUUCGGCUUCACUGUGGGCACAGUGACCAGCGUGGCGAAUAGCACAAGCGCCACCGCAACCAGCACCGCAGCCUCUUCCUCCCAGCCUUUCCUCUUCGGGACGCCCGCUACCUCCGGCACCGGCUUCCCCCCUGCCCUGGGCUCCAUAUUCCAGUUUGGCCAGUCCCCGGCUGUGACCCCCGCCACCACGGCUGCUACCUUCGGCCAGUCCCUGCCCAGUGCCACUCCAAGUAGCGGCAGCUCCAGCUUCACGGGGUUCGGCAGCGCCCUGAGCACAGCCCCGGCUGUGGCCACCAGCAGUGCCGCGCCCACCACCUUCAACAUUCCCUUUGGCUCCGGCACCAAGGCCCCCCUCCCGUCGUACCCCGCGGCCAACCCUCAGCCCACUUUUGGGGCCACUGACGGGACAUCCCAAGGGGCAGCCAAGCCAGCCCUGGCCCCAAGCUUCGGCAGCUCUUUCACUUUUGGGAACUCUGCAGCCCCCGCCCCCACGGCAGCCCCUGCUCCCGCCCAGCCCACCUUCGACAGUUCCACCCAGUAUACUUUUGGUGGCCUCAAGCCCACAGGCUCUACCUUCGGCACCGCUGCCACCACCCAGCCGGCCUUUGGCAGCACCACCUCUGUCUUCUCGUUCGGCACCGCCACCACCCAGACCCCCAGCAGUGGAGCCAGCAGCUCGCUGUUCGGCAGCACGGCGCCGUCACCCUUCACGUUCGGGGGCUCAGCAGCCCCGGCGGCCACUGGGGGUUUCGGGCUUAGUGUGGCCAAUGCUGGUACCAGCUCCACUUCGGGGGCGUUCAACUUUGGAACGGGACAGAGCGGGACCACCACCGGCACUGCCCCUUUUGGGGGAGGCCUGAGCCAGAACCCCUUGGCCGCACCCGCCCAGAGCACACCCUUUGCCUUCAGCGUGCCGAGCGCGCCCGAGAACAAGCCUGUGUUUGGAGGGACCUCCACACCCACCUUUGGUCAGAGCAACCCUGGCUCUGGGGUGGGUGCAGCGGGCAGCAGCCUCCCUUUUGGGGCGUCCUCAACACCUGCCCAAGGCUUCGUUGGAGUUGGACCCUUCGGAUCAACAGCCCCUUCCUUCUCCAUCGGUGCGGGAUCCAAGACCCCAGGGGCUCGACAGCGGCUGCAGGCCCGAAGGCAGCACACGCGCAAAAAGUAGCCCUGCGGCCCGGCCUGGCCAGUCCCCGCCCCCCCCCCCACCAAGUCCUGGCCCGACACCUACCCCGAGCGAGCAAGAGCCUCCAGCACUCGGUCCCGGGAUGUGGCCCCAGCCGAGAUCAUCCCGCAGCAAGCAGACGCUGGCCUGGGCACUGGGAGGCCACGG